AUGGCCAAGUGCAAAGCUCUCAAGCUUACUCAUUUGGCCUUCGCAGAUGACUUGAUGUUUUUCUUAAAGGCAUCGUUAGCCUCCCUUGAUUCCAUCUUGCUCUGUCUUCAGCACUUCCACGAGCUCUCUGGCCUCCGCAUCAAUCCGGCCAAGUCUUUAUUAUUCUUUGCAGGGGUUUCUGAGCUUGACAAAUCAGCCUUCUUGGAGAAAUCUGGCUUUCUUGAAGGCCGCCUGCCUGUCAAAUACUUGGGCCUCCCUUUGAUCCUGGCAAGGCUCUCUGCUCAUCACUGCAACCCUAUGCUUGAUCUCAUUAGGAAGAGGCUUCAGUUAUGGAAGGGCAAGCUUCUCUCCUACGCUGGCAGAUUGGUUCUCAUCAAAUCAGUUCUGGAAUCGUCUUACAUUUAUUGGUCAGGCAUUUUUGGGCUUCCUCAAUCUGUUAUCAAAUCCAUGGAGUCCCUCAUGGCUUCUUUUCUUUGGAAGGGCUCUGAAUCAGCUAGAUUCCUGCACCCUACCAGCUGGGCAGCUGGGCAGCUAAUAAAAGAUGUGAACGCUGCGGGUAUCAUCAAGCUCACUUGGAAGGUUGCCUCAAAGCAAAAGAGUAUCUGGGUCGACUGGUUAUAUUCAGGCCUUCUUAGAAAGGACUCCAUCUGGACUGCUUCAGCCACAUCCGACGCCUCUUGGGUUUGGCGUAAGAUCCUUGCUAGCCGUCCUCUGGCCCUUCAAGCAAUUCGCUCUAGUAUUGGUGAUGGGCGCUCCACCUACUUGUGGUUGGACCAUUGGCACCCUUUGGGAAUCCUUUUCCAGUUGGUCUUUCCUAGAACCAUCCAUGCUUUGGGUCUCCAUAGGCUUUCUCUCGUGGCUGAUAGUAUUGAUCAAGAUGGCUGGUCCCCUCCUCCCUCUCCCUCCCUCAAUCACAUUUGGAAUGAGCUCCAAUCCAUCACUAGGAGGCCUGCUUUUAGAGGUGAUUGUGUUACUUGGAAGACCAGCUCCUCUUGCUCCUUCUCAUCCAAGGCUGCCUGGAAUCUCAUCCGUCUGCAUGGCUCCUUAGCUCCUUGGCGCACGCUGCUCUGGUUCAAGCUCCACAUCCUCGCCAUUGCUUCACAGCUUGGAGAAUCUUCACCAAAUGCCUCCCAAUCCAGGCUUUUUUUCGCUCUAGACAGAUCUCAGUCUCCCCUGCCUGUUGCCUCUGCUGGAACAAUAUUGAAGACUUGGAUCACCUCUUUUUUGAGUGCCCUACCGCUGCUGCCAUCUAGAAAGGCAUCCUCUCCAAGUGCUGGCCUUCUCGAAGAAGAAUCCUCCCUUUCUCAAGGGAAUGGAUCUGGAUUGACAUGA